AUGUUUUUCGUUGCAGCGAGUCCACAGAAAGAGUCCGCUGACACGCCUACUCCUUCACUUACGAUGACAUCCUCCACAGCAUUCUCUAUUAGCAUUUCAACCACUGCCGAAACUUCAUCCUCUAGUCUUGCGGCUACCAAUACCCCGCCUCGUUGCAAUUCGGAUGUCGAUAAUGCCAAGUAUGGUCGAUACAGUACAUUCGUACUGUUCCCAAAGCUCCCCUUGGAAUUGCGACGCAUCAUCUGGGUCGAGAGCUUCCCUCAGCCACGAUCCGUUGAUCUCUUGAGAUACGAAGCGCUCCAAUGUCCCAGCGAGAACUCUGAAAAGGUUGAGAAUACAAGAAAAAUUGCCAGCUAUGAAGCUCGAGCGUACUUCCCAGUUACACUCUCAGUCAAUCAAGAAAGCCGCGCCGAGACCUUACGUCACUACGUCGUUGUGGCAAUUGCCGGGACCACAGACGCUCCAUACUUCAUGAAUCCCGAGAAAGACCGCGCAUAUCUCCCAAACGCGUCGCUGAACAUAUUCCAGAACUUAACAUGGGAGAAGAGCUGCUGGCUUUCUGAGCUUGGUGCAGUAAACGCUGCAAAGUGCCUGUCCAGACUCGAUGCUGCUGUCGUCUACUUCCAUACGUCAGGCUUGAAGCACAAACUGAAGUCAUAUCUACUCCGAUGGCACGAGAAACACCAUCAUGGUUUCAGACAGGAUGACAUCCCAUUUUGUUGUCUUUUCGAAAUCCUUCCUGGGCUGAAACAAGUAGCUGUUGUACUCCAUACCGCUGGUUCUAAGGACGAAUCCGAGCCGUUGUUGUCUCGCAAUGCUCUGAAGAUGAGUCACUUUUUGUGCCAGAUUCUCGAAGAUCACAAGGAUACCUUUAGCUCUAGACAGAUCCCGAAAAUCAUGAUUGGAACCAAGUUUGAUCAGGACAUCUUGAGUGGGCCAAGUUGA